AUGGGAGCUUAUAAGUACAUUCAAGAAAUAUGGAAGAAGAAACAAUCGGAUGCCAUGCAUUUUUUGCUUCGGGUUAGAACUUGGGAAUACAGGCAAUUGCCAGUAGUGCACCGAGUGUCGAAACCCAGUAGACCCGAUAAAGCCAAAAGGUUAGGAUAUAAAGCAAUACAAGGAUUUGUAAUAUAUCGUGUUAGAGUUAGAAGAGGUGAUAGAAAGAAAAGAGUUAGAAAAGGUGUAGUACAUGGAAAACCAAAACAUCAAGGUGUGCACAAACAAAAGUCAACGAGAAAUUUAAAAAGUGUUGCUGAAGGAAAAGUUGGAAAAAGUAUUUGUGGAAAUUUACGAGUUUUAAAUAGCUAUUGGGUUGGUCAAGAUGCUGUAUAUAAAUAUUAUGAAGUUAUUCUAGUUGAUCCCAUGCAUAAGGCCAUACGAAAUAAUGCAAAAAUUAAUUGGAUUUGCAACCCUGUACAUAAACAUAGAGAAUUAAGAGGAUUGACAUCUGCUGGUAAGAAAUAUAGAGGAUUACGAGUGAAAGGUCAUCUGUCUGCUAAGAGUAGACCUUCAAUCAGGGCAAACUGGAAGAGAAGACAGUUAAUUAAACUCAAAAAAUGUAGAUGA